CUGAGACCAAAAAGUUUCACAAGGUAGUGCUGUAAAUUUCCGGUGAUUUUCCAGCACCUGGAAUUUGAAAGCUUAAGAAAAUGUGCACUGACCACAUAAAAGCAGUAAAAUAAAACACAGUAAUAAAUUAUAGGUGAAGAUGGAGACCAAUGUUGUCAUCCUCCUUGGUUUAUCCCAUUCUGGUGAUAACACUCUGUUUGAAUCCAGCUCUUGGUCAUAGUGUACGGAGCCCAGAUAGUGUGUCGGAGGCAGACAUUCAGCGGCUUCUUCACGGGGUAAUGGAAGAGCUGGGUAUUGCAAGACCAAGAGUGGAGUACCCUGCGCACCAGGCAGUGAACAUUGUGGGGCCGCAGAAUAUUGAAGGUGGCGCCCAUGAGGGAUUGCAGCACCUGGGACCAUAUGGUAACAUACCAAACAUUGUAGCAGAACUAACAGGGGACAACAUUCCUAAAGACUUCCGGGAAGAUCAAGGAUAUCCAAACCCUCCUAACCCAUGUCCAGUUGGAAAAACAGGUGAAGGAUGCUUGGUGGAUACACCAGACACAGCUCAGUUCAGCAAAGAGUACCAGCUUCACCAAAACCUGUAUGACCCGGAACACAACUAUCCAGGAUUGAACAAAUGGAAUAAAAAACUACUUUAUGAGAAGAUGAAGGGCACCUCGCAGAGGAAAAAGAGGAUGGUGAAUCCAUACCUGCAGGGGCAGAGGCUGGACAGCGUUGUAGCCAAGAAGUCUGUUCCGCAUUUCUCUGGUGAAGAGGAAGAAUAAGCAAAACCAAAUGAGUGAGCGUUCUCUGCUGUGAUCCGGCCGGC